AUGAUUAGUCCGCGCGCCUUUCUCUUGCUCGCAUACGCAGCGACCGCCAUUCCCAUCCUCUCUGGCGUCCAUCAGCAAUGGAUCCAUGGCGAUCAGGGACUCACGUUUCAUCAAGUCUUUCGAACACUGCAAGCGUCUUGGCCGUUUCUGCCGACUAGCUGGCCAGCUGUCAACUUCAUCAGCGUUGACGCCUCGCAAGAGCACCAUCCACAAGACAAAUUGAAGGUCUCCAACCAAGCGCAACAGAGCCCACAAAGCAAGACGGCGACCUGUGGUAUGCGCAUGACUGCCACACAAGCUCCACCGACACCCACCACCUGUAUCGAUAAUGAUUGUCGAGGUGGCGCGGCAGCCUUCAUGCGCUUACCGCUGCACACGCCUGCUGAACCAACGCCAGCACCUGUUCUGCCGCGUACAAACAAGGCCAUGCCUGCUGCAAGACCGCGUCUGGCCAUGCCUAGACAGACAGAUUUGUAG